AUGACGCAGGGUCCGGGCGGGCGCGCGCCCCCCGCGCCCCCCGAGCCCGAGGCGCCCACCACCUUCUGCGCGCUGCUGCCGCGCAUGCCGCAGUGGAAGUUCGCGGCGCCCGUCGGCUUCCUGGGCCGCGGCCCGGCGGCGGCGCGGGCGGCGGGGGCGGCCGGGGGCGGCGACCCCCCGAGCGAGCCGGCGGGCCCGGCGGGCGUCCCGGCGCUGGCGGCCGCCGUCCUGGGCGCCUGUGAGCCGCGCUGCGCCGCGCCCUGUCCCCUGCCGGCGCUCGGCCGCUGUCGCGGCGCGGGGGCACGGGGGCCGCGGGGCGCGCGGGGGGCGGCCGGGCCCGCGGACGCCGCCGCCGCCGCCGCCGCCGCCGCCGAGUGGGUCCGCAAGGGCAGCUUCAUCCACAAGCCGGCGCACGGCUGGCUGCACCCCGACGCCAGCGUGCUGGGGCCCGGGGUCUCCUACAUCGUGCGGUACAUGGGAUGCAUUGAAGUCCUCCGCUCCAUGCGCUCCCUGGACUUCAACACCCGCACACAGGUCACCAGGGAAGCCAUCAACCGACUCCACGAGGCUGUGCCUGGCAUCCGGGGCUCCUGGAAGAGGAAGGCCCCCAACAAGGCGCUGGCCUCCGUCCUGGGCAGGAGCAACCUGCGCUUUGCAGGUAUGAGCAUCUCAAUCAAUAUCUCCAUCGAUGGCCUCAACCUCUCGGUGCCCGCCACUCGCCAGAUCAUUGCCAACCACCACAUGCAAUCCAUCUCCUUUGCGUCUGGCGGCGACACGGACAUGACGGAUUAUGUGGCCUAUGUCGCAAAGGACCCCAUCAACCAGAGAGCCUGCCACAUCCUGGAGUGCUGCGAGGGCCUCGCCCAGAGCGUCAUCAGCACCGUGGGCCAAGCCUUCGAGCUGCGCUUCAAACAGUAUCUGCACAGCCCUCCCAAGGUGGUGGUGCCCCCAGAAAGGCUGACCGGGCAGGAGGAGUCAGCCUGGGGCGACGAUGACAAGGCCUCAGAACACGGUUACUACAACAGCAUUCCGGGGAAGGAGCCACCCCUGGGCGGGCUGGUGGACUCCAGGCUGGCCCUGACUCAGCCCUGCGCCCUCGGAGCCCUCGGCCAGGGUGCAUCUCCCGCUCGAAGAGACGCCCGUGGCCUGCAGUGGGACCUGGGGCCCUCUGGUACGGCUCCGCCAGGGGACGGCUAUGUGCAGGCAGAUGCCCGGGGCCCCCAGGACUACGAGGAGCACCUGUACGUCAACACCCAGGGUCUGGAUGCCCUGGAGCCUGAGGACGCGGUGGCCCUGAAGCCGGAGGACAGCCCCAAGAAGGACCUGUUUGACAUGCGACCCUUCGAGGAUGCCCUCAAGUUGCAUGAGUGCUCGGUAGCCUCAGGAGGGACAACAGUCCCCCUUCCCUUGGAGGACCAGUGGCCCAGCCCUCCCACCCGCCGGGCGCCCAUUGCCCCCACGGAGGAGCAGCUGCGACAGGAGCCCUGGUACCACGGCCGGAUGAGCCGGCGGGCGGCAGAGAGACUCCUCCGUGCUGAUGGGGACUUCCUCGUGCGGGACAGUGUCACCAACCCCGGGCAGUACGUCCUCACGGGCAUGCACGCCGGGCAGCCCAAGCACCUGCUGCUGGUGGACCCCGAGGGCGUGGUGCGGACGAAGGACGUGCUAUUUGAGAGCAUCAGCCACCUGAUCGACUACCACCUGCAGAACGGGCAGCCCAUCGUGGCCGCUGAGAGCGAGCUGCACCUGCGUGGUGUGGUCACACGGGAGCCCUGA